AACUUAUUAUAUUUUAAAAAUUGAUAGACACAUAUAUAUAUAUAUAUAUAAAAUCAUAUGGAACAAAUAUUUCUUGUGAAUAGUGUAAAUUGUAAUGAAUGAUAAGAAAUUCACCAUUCUCAUUCAUUCUUUGGGUCACUAUUUAGAGCCUUAAUAUAUUGGUUAUAAUUCCUACAAUUUUGGACAUUUUUUUCAUUUUGGUAAUGAAUUUGUGUUUUAUUGUCUAAAACUAUAACACUAAUCUUCUAACAACUUGGGAUUUCUUUGUCAAUAAAAUUUUGUAAAUAAAAUAAUACCCAUAUUUCUUGUCAAUCAUAAAUGCAUACUUUUAUUAAUUUCUAAAUAAAUUUUGCUUAAUAAAUAUUCUCCUGAUGUGAUGUUAAGUUCGUUGACUUGUUAAAAAAUUUUAUUAGACGACAAAUGAUUGGAUUUAUUUACGAUUACAUUAAUAGCAUUAUUAUACAUUCUCUUGCAUCCUUCAAUUUCGUUUUUCUUUUUGCAUCCUUCAAUUCCUGCAGUUUUAAAAAUUAAAUCUAAAAUAUUACCCUUAUUCAGGUUUACCAAAAUCUCUUAUUUGAUUCCAAAUAUAUUAAACUUAAACAUAUUUAUUAUAAAUAAUAAAUUAUUAUAUUUUACAAUAGUGGAUAGCAUUUAUUGGUGGAUCUAUAUCAAUUAUAUUAAUAUUUUAGAGGUUAUAUUUAAAAAAAUCCACAUAAAAGCACAUAACGUACGUAAAAGUUCGAACACUUCCAAAUUUGAAUUUUCUUUUUUGGAAAAUUUUGAAAUUCUUUUUAUUAAUAAGUGUUAUGAUUUUCUAAAUGCUCUGCCAGCAAGUCUACUUUCUAAAAUAAAUUUAAUCGAAUGACCAUCAUGCUUCUUAUAUAUCUUUUACUAACUAAACGAGGAAAUUAUGACGAAGUUAGUUUCUGAUCAGAAAUAAAUGCAUUCACAGUACGAGACUUAGUCCCCGUUGAAAAUGAUGCUAGUGAUUGACAAAUUGGCAUGCAUAUUAUUCCAUAAGUCAAAAUCCAAAAGGCCAAGACUAGUCCUUUAGAUUUUUCGGAUAUCCAUUGAAUUUGCUUCGAUACAUUGUUUGUUUAGAUUCAAAAAAUCCGAAUAUUCGUAACUCUUCGGAACAAAAAAUAUAUUAAAAAUUAAUAUCAGCAAAAAACAGAGUAAAUCACAAAUAACUGUAUAUCCCCUCCGCUUUUAUACAAAUAAAUUUUUAUCUACAACUAAAUAUAUAUUUUUAUAUAUUAUUAUUUAACAUAUAAUUAUAUUAAUGUUAUUUACAAAUUUACUUAUAAAAAUUUUAAACUAAAAGAAAUAUAAAAUCUUUAUAAAACAACAAUUUUUUCUUAACUUUUGUGUUUUAUAAAUAAAUUUAGUUUAUUUUAAAAAUUUAUGAAACAUAUAGUUUUGCUACUUAUUACUUUUAUUUUAUUUUAUAUAAUUUUUUAUUUAAAAAAAAACUUUUUCUAGAUUUGUUUGUAUUUAACAAUUUGGAUAAAAUGAUCGUAAAGAUUCAUAAUUUUUACGGAUAUCCGUAUUUUUCAAAACAAAUUGACUUGAAAAAUUAAUUAGUGAAACAAAUCACAAAUACCAAAAAUUAUAUUAUUAUUAUAUUAUUAUUCGCUCCCACCCGGCCACCCCUAUUAAUGUCAUUCAAGUACUAAUACAACCAUUCACACUCUAUCUAAAAGACAAAUAUGGCGAAAAAGAGCUAUGAGACAGUUCUCUGUUUCUUCUUCUUCUUCAUCAUCAUCAUAAGCUUCAGUUCCAUUUCUGUUUCUGCACAAGUUUGUGAAAACACUACUGGAAUAUUCAUACCCAACAGUACUUAUGACAACAACCGUCGUUUCAUCCUUUCCACCCUCCCUUCAAACGUCACGGCUCAUGACGGCUACUUCCAAAGUUCGAUCGGGCUUGGUCUGGACCGAGUCUACGCCAUGGGGAUGUGCGCUCCAGGCGCUGAACCUAAUGUUUGCUCUCAAUGUAUUGAGACCGCUUCUGAUGGCUUACUACAGAACUGUCUAAACCAGGUAGACGCUUUCUCAUGGUCAGGUGACAAAACCCUUUGCCUUGUUCGAUACACCAACCGCUCCUUCUCCGGAUUACUCGGCAUGGAGCCACGCGGAGCGAUCGCCAGUACUGCAGAUACCAAUCUGAAUCAGACUUACUUUGAUAGUGUGUGGACAAAAUUAAUGUUUGGCAUGAUCUCUAAUAUCUCAUCUUCCUCAUCAGCCGGGAACAGUUCGUCUAAGUUCUAUGCAGACGAAGACGAUGUAGUUCAAUUACCGGACUUCAGGAACAUAUCGGCGUUGAUGCAAUGCACACCAGAUGUCUCUUCUGAAGAUUGUGACGUCUGCUUACGGACAAACGUUAUUGACUAUCAGACGUGUUGCCGUAGGAAGCAAGGUGGAGUUAUAUCGCGACCAAGUUGCUUUUUCCGGUGGGAGUUGUAUCCUUUCAUUGGUGCUUCAGAUCUUAUUUUCUUACAGCCUUCAACGCCGCUCCCUAUGACACCAUCUCCUGUUUCCAAAGAUCCGUCUCUCACAGUACCCUCUCAUGUUUCCAAGAAAGAUACAAGAAUCUCAGGAGGAGUUAUUGCGGUGAUUGUCGUUGUUGCUCUUGUUGCCAUAAUAUUGAUUACUCUAGGCGUUGUUACUUUAAAGAGAAGAAAGAAAAAGCAAGAAAUUGAACUUCCAACCGAAUCGAUCCAGUUUGAUUUAAGCACAAUUGAAGCUGCUACAAACAAAUUUUCUGAGCGUAAUAAGCUUGGUGAAGGAGGAUUUGGUGAGGUUUACAAGGGUAUGCUCAUGAAUGGUACUGAAGUUGCGGUGAAGAGAUUAUCUAAAACAUCAGGACAAGGCGAAGUAGAGUUCAAGAACGAGGUUAUUGUUGUUGCAAAACUUCAGCACAGGAAUCUUGUUAGACUUCUUGGGUUUUCAUUACAAGGAGAAGAGAAGUUACUCGUCUAUGAGUUUGUUCCUAACAAAAGCCUCAACUAUUUCCUCUUUGACUCUAAGAAGAGAACUCAAUUGGACUGGACAGUUAGACGCAACAUCAUUGGGGGAAUUACUCGAGGGAUUCUAUAUCUUCAUCAAGAUUCACGGCUCAAGAUCAUACACCGUGACCUCAAAGCGAGUAACAUUCUCUUAGAUGCUGAUAUGAAUCCGAAAAUCGCUGAUUUUGGAAUGGCAAGGAUCUUUGGAAUCAACCAAACUGUAGCCAAUACAUCAAAAGUGGUCGGAACCUUUGGUUAUAUGCCACCAGAGUAUGUGGCAAAUGGGCAGUUCUCGACUAAAUCGGAUGUCUAUAGCUUUGGAGUAUUGAUUCUUGAGAUCAUUAGUGGCAAAAAGAAUAGCAGCUUCUACCAGAUAGAGGGUCUUAUUAACAACUUAGUCACAUAUGUCUGGAGACUUUGGGAGAGUAAAUCAUUGUACGAGCUCGUAGAUCCUGGCAUCAGAGACAAUUGUAAAAGUGAUGAAGUCAUUAGAUAUAUUCAUAUUGGGCUGUUAUGUGUUCAAGAAAAUCCUGUAGAUCGUCCAACAAUGUCUACCAUUCACCAAAUGCUUACAACCAGCUCAAUUGCACUGCCCGUCCCUCUGCCACCUGGAUUUUUUUGCAGUAACGAACCAAUAUCGAAUCCACUAGCCCAGGGACUGGAACCGGGUCAAUGGAACAGCAAGUCUUUUACUUGUUCUGUAGAUGAAGCUACUAUCACCGAUGUUAUUCCUCGUUGAAUACUCAACAUGUUAUGUUUGGUUUAAGUUUUUUUUCCACAAACGCAUGUCACUUUCUCAUAUAUGUUCUUCCUUAAUUUUUACCCAUA